AUAACAAUAAUAAUAAUAAUCAAUGAAUAAAUGAACAGUAAUACUGUGCACUUCCGGUGCACCUACUGUGCUACUCAAGACAUGUUGGUAGCACAGUAGGUGCACCGGAAGUGCAGUCACCGGAGGAAUUUUGAAUCCUAUAUUUAAAGGGCAAACACAAUUUAACAGCCACGAGAGUUGAAUCCUGAGUCCUCCACUGCAACAAUGGGCUUCAGUUUUUUCCUACAGGUCCAACACAGACUGCAAGCUAAUCCGUCGCAUCAUUCUAGUACCCCCACCAGUUCAGUUAUGGAAGCAGCUUCAGCUGACAUGCUCGUCAGUUAGUAAUACGGUCCCACUCGGAGCUCGCCACCGAAACCGACAGGCUGAGCAGUUCAAAAGUAUCAGCGCUCAUCGUUGAACCUCGCCGAAGAUGGUUUUCAUUUGAAUUACACACGGCGUUGCUGCAUCGUAUGCCACAACGGACUCAGCGUUUCUCAUGUCUCAGAUCUCAGAGAAUUGCUGUGAAUGAUCGAUAGCUGUUUCGGUCAUACGGCUUGCUCCGAGCAGAACUCUCAGGACUUGCUGUUUCCAGUGCAAUGGGUGCGAAGUAGUUUGACAGAAAGCUUGAAACCUUGCUCAUCGUGUGGAAGAUGGUCUUGCAGCUGGCGACCUUUCCUUCGCAUAAUUGCGAAUGCUGAAGUAAGCCUGGAUGUAAUUUGGGAUGAAGGCCUAUGGAAAAGCAGUGUGUUGACGGUCAAAAAGUCAUUCAUGGAUGAAGGCUUCGAAUUCAAGCCUGAUUUUACGACGAGAUCAUUUGCGACGGGCUUGGAGUCUUCCGUGGUCCUAGUCUGGACGAGUACUGAUUAGAUGGUGAGAGUAACCAGAAAAAUAUUCAUGA